UCAGAGGACAUCGCGCUUCAGACCGGAGACGCCGACAGAUCAGGUGACAUCAUGAGCAAAGUGCAGGGCGGGAUGAAAUGCGUGAAAUAUCUGCUUUUCGUUUUCAACUUCAUCUUUUGGCUGUCGGGCCUGUUCGUGCUGGCUGUGGGACUUUGGCUCAGGUUUGACCCAGAAACAGUGGAGCUACUGACAGGCGAUGGCGCCCCUUACACCUUCUUCAUAGCUGUGUACAUCCUUCUCGGUGCAGGAGGGUUGAUGAUGAUCGUUGGAUUCUUUGGUUGUUUUGGGGCUGUACGUGAAUCUCAGUGUCUUCUGGCAUCGUUCUUUGCUUGUCUUCUGAUAAUCUUUGGAGCAGAGAUCGCUGCUGGUGUGUUUGGAUUCAUGAACAAGGAACAGAUUGUUGAGGAAGUCCAAAAGUUUUACAGUAGCUCCAUCGCUGAUGUCUCCAAUUCAAAUGCCACUGCAAUAGCAUCGAUUUACCACAAAACUCUGAACUGUUGUGGAGGCUCUACAUCUGACACAUCUAACACACUUUGUGAAGAGACUGCAGAGGACACACAGGACUGUCUCACUGCAAUAACAGGCUUCUUUGAUGAAAAGCUGCAUAUUAUUGGAUACAUUGGGAUUGGUGUCGCAGGAGUGAUGAUCAUAGGAAUGAUCUUCAGUAUGGUUCUGUGUUGUGCCAUCAGGAACAACAGGGAGGUUAUAUAGAUGUCCAGAGAGAGAGGACAAUACAUCCCAGUUGUUCACUGGCCAAAUUCAACACGAUACGCUGGAUCGUUAUCCUUCACACCUUCUCCUCAACUCCACCAGCACUAAAAGUGUAUUUCUCUUUCCAUAACACAUACUCUGCUUUUGGCACAACUCUGUGACAUUCCUCCAUUUUAAUAUAUUUUUGUUUUAUUGCUGGCGCUCCACAGAGGUGACAGCGCAGUACAAGAAGCCUUCUUUGACACAGGAAUGUUGUGUGUUGCUGUAAAUAUGGACACCUACUUUAUGCACUUGCUGUUAACAUUAUUUAUCGUGCCCUUUAUAGCCCGUUUUAUGGAAUUUACAGGCCUUAUGCCAAAAAUACUUUGUGUGCUUAAAUGUUUUGAGGACUAGUCUACCUUUUCACAGCAAAUUUCCAUUACGUGCCUAUUUAGUCAGAGACAAGCCUCCA